CUUUUUCGAUUGGGGCGUAUUGGAUUGGGGGAAAUAAACACUGCAGACCUUUGUAGGAAAACACAGCAGCAGAAUGGCCCAGGGAUUGCCCAAUCAGCCCAAGUUCCUGCCUCGCAUCGAGCGCAAUGCCUCCGGCGCCGGCAACUCGUACGUGGCCACCGCCUCCGGCAAUCCCUUCGAGACGGACGAGGAGGAUGAGAUCUUCAGCAGGCACAAGAUGGUGCUACGCGUGCCCAGCAACUGCACCGGCGAUCUAAUGCACCUGACCGUCUCCCGCAACUGGCUCUUCUGCCUGAUGGGCACGCCGGAGCGGACCACCCUGCUGCGCUUCUUUCUGCCUCGCGCAAUCCCGCCGGGCGAGGUCGCCCUGGAAAAGUAUCUCUCGGGCUCGGGCUACAAGAUCACCAGAAUGUUCCUGGACCCCACCGGCCAUCACCUCAUCAUCGCGCUAGUGCCAAAGUCCGCUACCGCCGGCGUCUCGCCUGAUUUCCUUUACAUUCACUGCCUCGAGUCGCCCCAGGCGCAGCAGCUUAAGGUGCGGCGCAUCGAGAAGUUUAAGGACCACGAGAUCACGUCCGUCGCCUUCAAUCCGUACCACGGCAAUGAGUCCACCACUGGCUCCAUACUGCUCGGCACCAGUCGUGGCCUCAUCUUCGAGACCGAGCUGAACCCCGCCGCCGACGGCCACGUCCAGCGCAAGCAGCUCUAUGACCUGGGCCUGGGUCGUCCCAAAUACCCCAUCACGGGCCUCAAACUGCUGCGGGUGCCCAACAGCAGUCGGUACAUUAUCGUGGCCACCAGUCCCGAGUGCAUCUACACAUUCCAAGAGACGCUAAAGGCUGAGGAGCGCUCUAUGCAAGCAAUAUUUGCCGGCUAUGUGAGCGGUGUGCAGGAGCCGCACUGCGAGGAGCGCAAGACCGACCUGAGCUACUCGCAGCUCCGCUUCUUCGCCCCGCCCAACAGCAAGUAUCCAAAGCAGUGGGCAUGGCUGUGUGGAGAGGGCAUCCGCGUGGGGGAGCUCUCCAUUGAGGCCAAUAGCGCCACUACCUUGAUAGGAAGCACGCUGAUUAACCUGGACUUCGAGAAGUCCAUGCACCUGUCGUACGAGGAGCGGCGUCUCAACAUUCCCAAAUCAUUCGUACUCACGGAGUACCACGCCGUGCUGCUGUACGCGGACCACAUACGGGCCAUCUGUCUGCUGAACCAGGAGCAGGUCUACCAGGAAACCUUCGACGAGGCCCGGGUUGGCAAGCUACUGAACAUCGAACGCGACGAACUCACCGGCUCCAUAUACGUAUAUACCGUAAAGAACGUGUUCAAUUUGAGGGUGACGCGCGAGGAGCGCAACGUUUGGCGCAUCUACCUCGACAAGGGCCAAUACGAACUAGCCACCGCGCACGCAGCCGAAGAUCCCGAGCACUUGCAGCUUGUGCUCGGCCAGCGAGCGGACGCCGCCUUCGCGGACGGAUCCUAUCAAGUGGCGGCUGACUACUACGCGGAGACGGAUAAGUCCUUCGAGGAGGUAUGCUUGAAGUUCAUGGUGCUGCCGGACAAAAGACCUAUCAUCAACUACGUGAAGAAACGUCUCAGCCGACUGACCACUAAACCCGUGGAAAUAGAGGCGGUCGACGAGGAAGAAGCGAACAGCAUUAAGGCUCUGGUCAUCUGGCUCAUUGACCUCUAUCUCAUCCAGAUAAACAUGCCCGACCAGGACGAAGAGUGGCGCAAGGCGUGGCAGACGGAGUACGACGAAUUCAUGAUGGAGGCUCCAGUGCUGGCCUGUACGCGGCAAAAUCGCGACUCCGUCCAGCAGCUGAUCGCCGAGCAUGCGGAUCCCCACAACAUGGCCCAGUUUGCCAUCGCCAUCGGCGACUAUGAUGAAGUGGUGGGGCAGCAGCUGAAGGCCUCGUGCUAUGCCGAGGCACUGCAAACGUUGAUCAAUCAACGGAACCCAGAACUCUUCUACAAGUACGCGCCCGAACUGAUGGUGAAGCUGCCGAAGCCCACGGUGGACGCCCUAAUGAGCCAGGGCUCCCGACUGGAGGUGCAGAAGCUGGUGCCCACGCUCAUCCUCAUGGAAACUCGCGAGCAGCGGGAGCAGACACAGCGAUACCUCGAGUUCGCCGUCUACAAGCUAAACAACACGGAUGACACCAUUCAUAACUUCCUGCUGCACUUGUACGCCGAGCACGAGCCCAAGCUGCUGAUGAAGUACCUCGAGAUCCAGGGCCGCGACGAGACCCUCGUGCACUACGACAUCUUCUACGCCCACAAGGUGUGCACCGACCUGGACGUGAAGGAGGCCCGCGUCUUCCUCGAAUGCAUGCUGCGCAAAUGGCUGUCCGCGGUGGAUCUAGCUCUCACGUUUGACAUGAAGCUGGCCAAGGAGACCGCGUCGAGGCCGUCGGACAGCGAGUUGCGCCGCAAGCUCUGGCUUCGCAUAGCUUAUCACGACAUAAAGGGAACCGACGACGUUAAGAAGGCGCUUAAUCUCCUCAAGGAGUGCGAUCUUCUGCGCAUCGAAGACCUGCUGCCCUUCUUUUCCGACUUUGAGAAGAUUGACAACUUCAAGGAGCCCAUCUGCGAUGCUUUGCGGGAAUACAAUAAGCGCAUCCAGGAGCUGCAGCGCGAAAUGGCCGAAACCCAGGAGCAGUCCGACCGCAUCACCGCCGAGUUGCAGGAAGUGCGGGAGUGGAGCAUCACCAUGAAUGCAGAGGACACUUGCGCUAUCUGCGAGAUGAUGCUGCUGGUGAAGCCCUUCUUUUUCUUUCUUUGUGGCCACAAGUUCCACAGCGACUGCCUGGAAAAGCAAGUGGUCCCCAUGCUAAGCAAGGAGCAAUUGCGGCGCCUCACCACCCUAAGGCAGCAAUUAGAGGCCGAGGUGGAGCCGCCAGCGCAGGCGCAGUCGCUUGUCUUGAGCAAUGAGCAGGCGAAGGAGCUGCAGCGGAAGAGAGCGGCACUGAAGACCGAGAUCGAGGACAUCGUGGCGGCGGACUGCCUCUUCUGUGGCCUGCUAAUCGACACCAUUGACCAGCCUUUUGUCGACGACUGGGAGCAGGUGAAUGUUGAGUGGGAGUAGGAGAGCCCACCUUCGUUCGUACCCAGAUAUUUAUGUACAUAUAGAGUAUUUAUUAAUAAACCUACACAAAUCACAACGGUUUCGACUA